AAAUUGUGAAUUGAGACUACGCAAAUUAAUGGUUUAAUGUAAGAAUACAUUUUAAACUAAGUGUUAAAUUAUUCCUUUAUGAUACUUUCUAAAACAAAGGAAGGACACAAACGUGACUUAUAUAAUUUUAUAUAUUUAAUUUUUAAAUAAAUAUGGAUGAUAUAAAGUUAGAAAACGUAUUAAAAAUGCCGAAACAUCAACAACCAAGUGAAAAUAUACCGGUUGUAGAUAAAAACAUAAGCUUUAAUGAUUUCUUUGAACAAUAUUUGUUAACAAAUCAACCUUGUAUCAUCAAAAACGUGGCAGAUGAAUGGAAAUCAACAAAACAUUGGAUCACAAAGAAUAGAACAGCCGUGAAUUUCAAAUAUCUCCGAAAUAAAUACUCCUCAGAAGAAGUUCUCACUUAUGACUGCAACUCAAAGUUCUAUAAUUCACAUAAAACGGAAAAAACCCUAUUUGGAAAAUAUUUACAAUACUGGGAAGAAUACAAAGAAAAUAAUUACUCUGAUAAAGAUCCCUUACUAUAUCUUAAAGAUUGGCAUCUACAAAACAGCCACCCUUAUGACAACUUUUAUAGUGUUCCAAUAUAUUUUAAAUCAGAUUGGCUCAAUGAAUAUUUGAUUGCAACUAAAAGGGAUGACUAUAGAUUUGUUUACAUGGGUCCAAAAAGAACUUGGACACCAUUUCAUGCUGAUGUUUUCAAAUCCUACAGCUGGAGUGUUAAUAUUAUUGGUAAAAAGAGGUGGAUAUUUUUACCUCCAGGUGAAGAACAACAUCUUAAAGACAAAUUUGGCAACUUACCACAUGAGAUCAUAAAUAUUCCACUUAAUUGCAAGCAUUAUAAUAUAAUACAAGAAGCUGGGGAUGCUAUUUUUGUUCCGUCUGGUUGGUAUCAUCAAGUUGUCAAUCUUGAAGAUACAAUCUCCAUCAAUCACAACUGGUUAAAUGGAUGUAAUAUUAAUUUGAUGUAUCUUGAUAUGCAGAAACAUCUGGAAGAGGUAAAAGAUGAAAUUGAUGAUUGUAAGGGUGAUUCUGACUUUGAAGAACAGUGCCAAAUUGUUUUGAAAGCAUCUUAUGGGAUGGAUUUUAAAGAAUUUUUACAUUUUAUUUCAUGGAUUGCUGAAACGCGAUUGAAUGCGAAACCAAUGAGCAAUUUAGCGCGAUUUGAUCUGAAAAUGAUUAAGAAGGUUUUGGAAAGUUUCAUGUUAAACAAGGCUGUUAAGAACUUAGUACUUCUAAAUGAAGUUGAAUCUUUAUACAUGAACAUUACAAAUUGCUAGAAAAAUCUAUAAAAAUAUCUACAACUUA